AAAAUCCGCAUUUCAACGACUGCGACCGCAGCACUUCCCUCACCUUACCGCACUUUUCCCAAGUAUAUAGCAUUCUUUCCCUCUCAGCCUGCUAGAUCCAUGAUGAAAGGUCAUGGCACUGAAGGGAAGAGCUGCUUUUCUCUCCACACCCUCCUUGGUCCAGUGCCAGGAUAUGUGACACUGAAGCCCAGCUCCCUCCUACUGAUCACUGGAGUUAUUUUCGAACUUCUAUGUCGUCUGGAAACACAGAGGAGAGAGGGAAGGGGCUGGCAGAGAGGGGGUGCAGGAAGUAAGGCAUGGGGGGCUGCCCAGUGACUCUAUGGAUGCCAUGUAUGAGGAGCUAUUAGGCUGAGUGUCUGUGCUCAGGUUUCUCCCUCCCCUUUGCACGGCUCCUGCUCCCCUCACAGUGAUGUCUCUCCCAGUGCUACUUCCUGGCUCCUGCUGUCCCGUGGCCGGGCUGUCUUCCUCUGUGGGCAAUGCAGCACCAGUUUGUCCUCAGGGCGCGGAGCCUUCCCAGCACCGGGCACGCAGAGGCCGCGGGGGGCCCCCUAGAUGUUCGGCUUCUCUCAGCCUGUGCCCCCCUCCACCUCCGCCCUUAUCCAGCAGGCGCCGGGCUGGGUCUGCGCUGAUCCUUCCAGGGAGACCGCUGCUUUCGCUGGGGCUGUUACAGCUGAUCCUGGGAUGCUGCACGGUGGCUCUCAGUUUUGGGGCUCUGUCCCUCAGCAAGAGCCCCCAGAUCAGGAGCUCGUGUCCAUUCUGGGCGGGAUCAUCGGUAAUUCUGUCUGGUAUUAUAGGACUAACUACAUGGAAAAAGCCCAUGGUUCUCCUGGUAAACCUGUUUGUCAUGCUGUCGGUAGUAUGCGUAUUACUGAACCUGGCUGGUUUCAUAUUAGGAUGCCAAGGUGCUCAAUUUGUGUCUAGUGUUCCCAGCUGUCAUUUGGUAGAAAUGGCAGAAGGCAAAAUCUGUGUUUGCUGUGAAGAACCUCAUGCUUCCAAGUGCUUGGAAAAAGAGAAUGUCCUGAAGCUGGUCAUGAUCCACUCCUGUAAUGCAGUUCAUCUUUUACUCAAGAAAGUCUUCUUUGCCCUAUGUGCCUUAAAUGCUCUGACAACCACUGUUUGCCUGGUAGCAGCUGCCUUACGUUACCUGCAACUCCUGACUACUAGGCGACCCUGCACAGAUGAGUCCCAAGUUUCUGUAGAGGAAGCUGAAGAGCAAGAUCGGGAGCCAGAUUUUGAAGAUUUUGUUCCACCUGCUCCUCCCCCUUCAUACUUUUCGACAUUCUAUUCUAGCACUCCCAGAACGACUCAGAGAAUGAUUGGUAAUGAUGUGAUUCCUCUUCCUCACAUUUAUGGAUCAAGGUUCAAAGGGGUUGAAGUAUUCUGUCCUGUGGAGCCUCCGCCACCAUAUGAAUCUGUGGUUAGCCAAAGUCACUCACUAGAGGAAACAAAUAUGGAGGUAACAGGCUGUGCAACAAAUUCCACAACAACACCCUCCAGAAUACCAAGUACAUCAGAAAUUGCUGGCUGUUCUAAUUCAGAGGUCAUACCUAUACCUCCAUCCACUGUACAACAAAAUACAGAAUGUGGUCCAGAAAAUAAAUCACAGCGGAAAAGAUCACAUAGUGAUCCAGUUAUACAUGAUCUUCCUCCAAGAGGUGCAGUUCCAAGCUGUGAAGCUGCUACUCAGACAGAACUGAGGCCAUCACUGACCGCUGUCACUUUAAGACGCACUUUAAGAGAAAAAGCGGUUCGAUCAAGGCCUAGGUCAUUAGUUGAUUACAGAUCAUACAUGGACACCAAGCUCCUGGUGACAAGGUUUUUAGAGGAACCUUCUUGUCACAUGUCAGCAGAUGUCCGUGAACUGGUAGAAAGCAUCAAAACCGUUUUAAAAUCAGAUGAAGAACACAUGGAUGAAGCUAUUUCAAGUGCCAACUUCCUUGAACAGGUGAUGGAGCCAAGCCAACAGACCUUGCCAGCAACCCAAAGACCACCGAGCAGAAGGCAGCCAGGUGUACUACAUUUGGACAGUUGUGGGGACUUAAGCACUUUUUGCACUACGCAGACCCAGAGAGACAAUAGCAUGAGAAGACAAAGGACUCCCAGAGAAAGACCUCACAGUCUUAUUGGAGUUAUACGUGAAACUAUACUGUGAACUAACCCACUGGAUAAACAAGGGAUAUUCUUUUGCCUCCAAAAAGUAGGGCAUGCAGCUGUUCCUCUACCUUGACAGUUUUGCAGUCCUUAUAUUUAGUGCUUGAUGAGUAGUUAAUCAGAAUGUGUUUUUUAUUAUUUGUUUGGCCAUAACCAAAGACCCAUCAGCCCAUUCUGAAUUAUAUUGGUGUUUGUAAAGCUUGUGCUGGUUUUUCAAGUGUAAGAUGUCCUGAAGUCUGGUAAUAUGGAUAAAUAUACACAAAAUAAUUUAUAGAAGACCUCAGGGAUAUUCAGUGUCAAGAUAUGGCAAUAUAUGUGGCAUUGUAAUAAAGUAACUUAAAAUUGACCUAUAUGUCAACUAUUUAAAUGAAAAUGUCUUAUGUAUGAUCCUGUACAGAGAGAACCAAUAAGGAAUCUCACCCGAUAAAAAAAAAAAAUGAAAAAAGUAUAUUUUGUAAACUUAUGGAUUGGGCUGGCUUCUUAAAGGAGUACUCUGCCCCUAGACAUCUUAUCCCCUAUCCAAAGGAUAGGGGAUAAGAUGUCUGAUAGCGGGGGGUCCGACCGCUGGUACCCCCUGCAAUCUCCGGUGCGGCACCCCUGUCAUCCAGUGCAUUGAGCGAACUCCCUGCCGGAUGACGGGUGACACAGCCGCCACGCCCCCUCCUUUCAUGUCUAUGUGAGAAGGCCUGAUGGCUAUGUACUAGAUAGACAUGAAUGGAGGGGGUGUGGCAUGACGUCAUAAACACGGAAGCUCCAAGCUUCCGUGUUCAGAACGCCUUGAUGCCGGCCUGGAGAUUGCGGGGGUCCCCAGUGGCCAGACCCCCUCCAAUCAGACAUCUUAUUACCUAUUCUUUGGAUAGGGGAUAAGAUAUCUAUGGGCGGAGUACCCCUUAAAAGGCUAAUUCCCCUUACAAUUAAAAUUCAUAUACUCUUCUAUUUCAUUCAGUAAUCCAAAGAAUGAAGAAGCAUGACAUAGGAUACCAUGAUUAUGCCAUUCAUCAUACCAUUUGCUGCAGAUUUACAAUUAAACAUUUAU